AUGGGCACGGGGGAUUUUAUCUGCAUUUCCAUGACCGGAGGGGCGCCCUGGGGUUUCAGACUGCAAGGUGGCAAGGAGCAGAAACAGCCCUUACAAGUCGCUAAGAUUCGAAGCCAGAGCAAAGCCUCCGGGUCUGGCCUCUGUGAGGGGGAUGAAGUAGUUUCCAUCAAUGGCAACCCUUGUGCAGACCUCACUUACCCUGAAGUCAUCAAACUCAUGGAGAGUGUCACAGACUCUCUGCAGAUGCUCAUCAAAAGACCAUCCAGCGGGAUGAGUGACACUGUGAUCUCUGAAACAGAAAGCCAUGAACAUCUCACCCGGGAGGGAUACGUGCAGAGUACCACCCUGCAGAUCCGACCAGCUCCACCGAGCCAGUGCAGGGAGUUGUGCAUCAUCCCGGCCGAGAGCAGAGCUUCCUUAGCUGAGGACCAAGGAAGUUGCCCGACUGGUCCACGAAACAAAAAAGAAGAAACAGGCCUGAGCUGCCAUGGGGCCCCCCAUAUGCCUGACUCCCAAAGAGGAUGCUUAGCAGAGGAGAUACUCUUAAGGGAGAAGGCAGAGGCUCGCCAGCCGGGCCCCGUGGUUGAGCUCCAGCUGUCCCUGCCACAGGAGAGGCUCCAGAGUGCUACUGUCCCGAUUGUAGCCCUCCUAGGAGCCGAAAAACCUAAGCCUGCGGCCCCAGACCCUGCCUUACAACACGAUGGAAUUGCCCAGCUAAAUUCAGUCCCUGCUCAUGAGCCAGAGGACCCUUCUUUGACAUCCAGCAAGACAGUCCAGCUCUCUGGAGGCACAGGGCUGAGAGUCACCCAGGGCAGAGGAGCAGGAGACGCUGCGCAGCCCCACGUGGGAGUGAUCCUCGAUUGCUCUGACAGGCAGAAGACAGAAGGGUGCAGGCUGCCGGCAGCAAGGGGGUGUGUGGACUCUCCAGUGGAAGGAGGGCAGUCAGAAGCACCUCCUUCUCUGGUAUCCUUUGCAGUCUCAUCAGAAGGCACAGAGCAGGGAGAAGACCCGCGCUCGGAAAGGGAUCACAGCAGACCUCACAAGCAUAGAGCGCGCCACGCACGGCUCAGGAGGAGUGAAAGCCUUUCAGAGAAGCAGGUGAAAGAAGCAAAAUCCAAAUGCAAAAGCAUUGCCCUCCUCCUAACAGAUGCCCCCAAUCCCAACUCCAAGGGGGUGUUGAUGUUUAAGAAGCGCCGGAAGAGGGCCAAGAAAUACACCCUCAUCAGCUACGGCACUGGCGAGCUUGAGCGGGAGGCAGACGAGGAAGAAGAGGAAGGCGACAAGGAAGACACAAGCGAAGUCGCAUUUCUUGAUGCCAGCGAAUCCGAGGUGGAUGAAGAGUUACUGUCUGACAGUGACGACACCACCCAAGUUGUGAGCUUUGACUGGGAUUCUGAGCUAGUGGACAUUGAAAAGAAAACAAGCAGAGGGGACAAGAUGGAGAUGUUGCCAGAUACCACAGGCAAAGGGGCCCUCAUGUUUGCCAAGAGGAGGGAAAGGAUGGAUCAGAUCACAGCCCAAAAAGAUGAGGAAAGGGCGGGUGGAAUGUCGGGCAGAGAACCAGACCCCGCCCAGACAGAUGGCCCGAGAGCCCUGACAUCAUACGAGAGGAAGGAGCAAGAGUCGGUGAGUGUGCAGAGCUCUGUGAACAGGAGCUACAUCCAGAUGAGCCAGGGCCUGGGGCACUUGCCCCAACAGAACGGCUUCAGUGGGCCGUCUGAGACAGCAGGAGCCCAGAGGAUGACCCCAAUGAACAGAACGGCCAAGCCCUUCCCCGGGUCUGUGAGCCAGCCAGCAGCCCCCUUCUCCCCAACCCGAAAUGUAGCAAGUCCCAUGGCUGACUUCCCUGCGCCUCCGCCUUACUCUGCAGUCACGCCUCCACCCGAGGCCUUCUCCAGAGCAGCAUCCAGUCCCAUCGCGGGCCCAGCCCCCCCACCACCCUGGACCCAGCCUGCCCUGUGGUCCCAGCCGGCCUUUUACGAUUCAUCUGAACGCAUAGCUUCCCGGGAUGAAAGGAUCGCCGUUCCAGCAAAAAGAACAGGGAUCUUGCAGGAGGCCAAAAGAAGAAGCACGACAAAACCCAUGUUCACCUUUAAGGAGCCCAAAGUGAGCCCCAAUCCUGAACUCUUGUCACUUCUCCAAAAUUCAGAAGGUAAACGGGGCACAGGAGCUGGAGGCGAUUCGGGUCCUGAAGAGGACUACCUCAGUCUGGGAGCAGAGGCUUGCAAUUUUAUGCAGAAUUCCUCCGCUUCCGCUAAACAGAAGACCCCACCUCCUGUGGCUCCGAAACCCGCGGUUAAAUCUGCCUCCCAACCUGUAACUCCAGUUUCUCCAGCCUGGUCGCCAGGGGUGGCUCCCACCCAGCCUCCAGCCUUCCCCACGCCCAGCCUUUCCCAGGGCGUCGUGGUCUCCUCCAUCAAAGUCGCCCAGCCUUCCUACCCGGCUCGGCCCGCCAGCGUUCAGAACCUGGCUGGGCCCUUCAAAGGGCCGCAGGCGGCAGUAGCCAGUCAGAAUUACGCACCCAAGCCGACCCCUCAGGUUCCAAUAGGAAACACUGCGCACGCCCACGCCGGUGCGGCAGGACAGUCCACCGAGCUUCCAGGAAUGAGUGGGAGGGGAGCCCAGCUCUUUGCUAAAAGGCAGUCGAGGAUGGAGAAAUACGUGGUAGAUUCGGAAACGGUGCAGGCGCACGCUGCUCGUGCCCAGUCUCCCACUCCCUCUCUCCCCGCUGGUUGGAAGUACUCCUCCAAUGUCCGAGCUCCGCCUCCCAUCGCCUACAAUCCCAUCCACUCCCCCUCCUACCCACUGGCUGCCAUCAAGUCUCAGCCCUCAGCCCCACAGGCCUCCAAAACGAGCAAGAAGAAGGGCAAGAAACCCCUCAAUGCUUUGGAUGUCAUGAAGCACCAGCCUUAUCAGCUCAAUGCGUCCUUGUUUACUUUCCAGCCUCCGGAUGCAAAGGAUAGCCUCCCCCAAAAGGCAUCAGUCAAGAUCAACUCAAUGCCAGCCAUGAAACAAGCUCUCCCUCCCCGCCCAGUGAGCGCUGGCUCGCCCACCAACGUGCAUGCCUCCUCCUCCGUGUACUCGGUCCCAGCCUACAGUUCUCAGCCCGCCUUCUAUGCAGAGGCCACCUCCCCGGUCAGCGCCUCGCCCGUGCCAGCGGGCCUUGCCACCCCUCCAAAGCAAGAAUCAGCCUCAACAUCCUAUUUUGUUGCACCCAGGCCGAAGUUCUCAGCCAAGAAAAGUGGUGUCACAGUUCAGGAGAGUGGACGCUCCCUUUCACUUCCUGGAAGACCAGUCCCACCUACCUUCUCUACCACGGCUCCUUGGAUCUUCCAGCCUGCUUACAGCUACUCUAGCCAACCAACAGAUGGGCCUCUAGAGAGAGGAAACAAGAGACUAACUCCUUGGGAAGCAGCAGCAAAAUCUCCUCUUGGUCUGGUGGAUGAUGCCUUUAGACCCAGAAACAUCCAGGAAUCUAUUGUGGCAAAUGUGGUUUCAGCAGCUCGGAGGAAGGUGCUUCCAGGGCCCCCCGAGAAUUGGAAUGAGAGACUUCCCCAUGUUUCUGAAGCUCAGAAAGCCAGUGUGGGUUCAUUUGGAAGGCGAGAGUGUAAUGUGGCUGCCCUUCCUGUUAGUAGUGUGCACACUGACAUCCAGUAUGGUUCGCACUUUCCACAUGCAUAUUAUAGGCAGCCUUCUAGAAAUGAUUCUGAAGUAAUGUCCCUGGAGACCAGGUCUGACUACUGUGUCCCAGUAGCCAGUUGCAGCUAUAACCCACACCCAAGGGGAUGGAGACGCCAAACAUGAAAGUUAGAAAUGGUUGUGUGCCACCUUAGUUAUAAUUUUUUUAAAAAGUAUUUCUUUGGAAGAAUUUUGACAUUUCCGGUAGAUUUAGAUUCACUUUUGAUCCUGGCAUUAUCUCAGAGAUCACAUACAUUUGAGCUUCUGUGUGUGUGUGUACGUGUGUGUGCACAUGUGAGUGUGAUUCACUGCCUUUUCUGCUGACACAUAGAAAAUGUCCUGGAAGAAAAUCAUCCAUUUUUUGCAUUGAUGUUCUUGUACUUAUAUGUAAUUCACAACUUGGAUUCCACUUACAUGUAAGAUACCUAGGAAACUAA